AUGGCCCAAACUCCUGUUCUUUCGUACAAAAAGCCGAGUAAAGACCAAGCAUCCUCAGCAACAUCUACUCCGAGGGCCAGUUUCUCACCAAGUCUAUCAUCAGCAGCGUCCAACAGUGCAUCACCUCAACUACCUCCUCAUACACAACAGCCUAGGAAGAUAUCAUCACGGCGUAAAGCAUUACAAGAGUUUUACCAUUUACAACAAGCACAGUCCAAUCAACAAAAGAACCAACUAGGAGAAGAAAAUGGUGCAACUGAACUGGAUAAACCUACCGACAAGAAAGAGGACAAUUCUAACCAGCGUGAAGUUGAACCUGAUGAAUUGAAAACUGCUGAGGAUGUAGAACAAUUCAUCAAGACGUCAAGCACUAAGGAUAUUCUCAAACUUCGUAACAAAAUACAACUGCAACUCAGUUCAGCGAGUCAAAAAAAGAAAGAGAUUAUUUAUGAUAACUAUUAUGAGCUAAUUAAGCUAAGCAACAUGUUGGGAGACUUGUCUGAGUCUAAAAAGCAGAUUUCAAAUACAUCUUCGGUAAAUGGUUCAGAAAAGAUUGAUUCCUUGAGUGGUUUUAAAAUUUUUAGACAGGCUGAUGAUACUGGUCCAGAGGUUUCCAUUGAUAGUUAUCUCGAUGAUGUGUUGAAUGAUUUAUCCAAGUUUGAUGAAACUACAAUCAAGAAGUUUACUUAUGGUGGGUUCGAUGAUGUUCUUAAUCGAUUGGAGAGAUCCACCGAUCGCGCAGAGUCAAACGCCAGCGUCGUUGGAGUGUACGAUGAAACGGUGGAUAGUAUACCAAAUAAUGCGAAUAACGAAGAAAUCAUUAGUCAGAUAGGCUACAUUUUAGAGUUGCCAAACCGACAAUUGGAAGAACUGGAGAGGGUUGAAGCAGAAUCAAUGAUUGAUAAGAUAAUAGAGUCAACUAAAAGCGAAGCUUUGAGAUUACAAUUAAACACAAUCAAAAGUCGAAUAUAUUAG